AUGGCGUCUCACAAGGAGCGAAAACCAGACUCAUGUGUACGACGCUUUAGCAUCUUACCAUUCUUCAGCUGCGAACCGGACGAUACCUGCAAGUACGGGUAUCGAGAUGACAAAACAUACUGGCUCUCUACAUUUGACAGAUACAUGGAUGGACCGAUGGCUCCUCUGUCAGGAGCAGACAUUCGCAGGUUUGUGAGCCGCUGCGCGGUGUGUGUGACCACAAGUCUGGUGAUGGCCGUCCAUAGUCAGCGGUCCAUGCUCACUCCGAAUUGUCCAGAUGGCUGGAGGAGCCUGUGGACAGGCUACAGUUUCCUCAUGCACACGGCUUCGGGUGAAGGUGGCGGACAAUCUUUGUCACUUAGCGGAAGUUGUUUGGACUACUUCCGGGCAGCACCUUUCAUCGAGUGCGUUGGUGACGUCUGCGACGUCUCGAGUAAUCAGCUCAGCUUUUGGCUGAUAAGUAUUCCGGGCGGGGAAAGGGAUCAGUUCUUCCGCACUCAAAGAGUUGUGGGAAGUGUCAACGUGCUGAAACAAAGGAUUAGUCGAUGUAGAGUGUGUGUGUAUAACGGGGAUCGCCAGAAUUAGCCUUUUCCACAAACUACUAAAUAUGUUAGAACGGGUAGUGAAAUGUGCUACUUGAAAAAGGUUUCCAUGAUGAUGUCAUGCAAGCAAAAUAAUUGAAUGUAUCUAUUCACAAGUGGUUCAUGAUGUUUUCUUACUUGCAGAAAAUGUGUAUUACACAACGAAAAAUGUAU